CUUGUAGUCGUUACGGAAAAAAACUGAAGACAUUUAAGCUCUUUAAAUGCUGAAUGGUUUUUAAAAAUGGAUUUUGUGAAAAGAGAAGAACAUAAUGCCGAAGAAGAGAAUUACAAAAUGUACAUGGACAGUGUGUGGAAUGUAAUUCUCAACAUAAAAAUACCAUAACAUAGAAUAUAGAAAUGUAUUAUAGAAUAUAUAAAUAUAUUGCAAACUUUUUCAUUGAGUAUAAAUGGUUUGUGUGUGUUUUGUGAACUCAUGACACAUUACAUGGUGACGCAGGUGAGCUGUCGCGCGAACAUUACAAUUGAGAUUAAAUAGACAUGUGAUCUCUCUGGGCUGUGGUAACAACCAUUAAUUGAGUCAAUACUUCAGAAACAUCAGCUGGAAAGUGAAUACCACACCCAAAUUUCCAUGGAGCAGUUGCAUCAAGCUAUGCAGUCCUCUCUGAACAACUCCGGUAUAGUCCACAACUUCCAAUUGCCACUCUCCCCAAGGCAGAUGUCCACUCUCAUGCUAAAAACAAACCAUUUAAGUAGAAGUUUGAAUUUUAAUGAGACAACACACCCUCAAAGGGACGAAAUAGAUUUACAUCAAAACUUACGUCACGAGGAGGCCUUAAGGAAUCUAGAUGUUACAUUAUUUAGAAAUGAAUUAGAGCUUCAGAAUAACCUGUCUCAAGCUCUAGUACAGAAUUUGAGCGAGCAGGAUCUACGUAACUUAGACUUGAGUCGAAUAAAUGAAGUGCAACUACAAAAUUUGAGAACAGACAUUCCAUUGCAUCAUGAAAGUAAUGUUAGUCAGGGUGGCAGACAGUUGGAUCAGGAGUUAAUGCAGGCGGAAUCCAGACGCAUUCCGGUCCAGGACAAUCAAAUAAUAGAUCACAAUCUUACUCAAAGAUUGACUCAGAAUAUGGAAAGGCUGGACCAGAGUAUAGCUCAGCGAUUAGGCCAAACAAUUGAUUUGAAUUUGGCCCAACGCUUAGGGCAAAGUAUUGAGAGAUUAGACCAAAACAUAGUACAUAGAUUGGGACAAAAUUUGGAUAGGAUUGACCAGAGUGUUGUACAGAGGCUGGGGCAGACCGUAGAUCAAAGACUGGUGGGUCAGGAUGCUGGUCAACAAAGGUUGGAGAAUGAACACAUAAUACCGAUGCAGUUCCACAUUAAAUCCGAACAAGAAGAUGACAGUUACUUUUAUGAAAAUCCAGGUCAAUCUUUGGAUAGUGUUAACGGAUUAAGCGGUCAGAUAUCACAAGAAAGCACACAACAACCGACACAAACUAGUUCACAGGCUGACUUACAAAUUUAUCAGACUUAUAAUCAUGUAGCUUUGAAUUCGAUCGACUUAUAUACGAGGCCCCAAAAUUACAUGUCGUUUUUCAAAGACAACCCGCAGAACUUGGUCGUCCGACAGUUCGAGGCGGUAUCGUACGCGGAUCGGCAAGAUGGCGGCCCCAAGAGACGGCAAGAUGGCGCCGAAAAUACCGCGAAACAACAGCCGAAAGAGAACAUGAAGCCGACCGACGAAAACAAAAUGUACUACGACUAUCAGAUCGAUUAUAAAACUGAGAGCGUUAAACUGAAUGAAGAUUUAACUUUAAACAUCAAAGGAGAGUACGUCUGUUAUAAGUGCAACGACAUAUUUCCAUCGAAGCGCGGCCUGAAACAACACUCGAAGAGUUGUCUAGACGAAGGAGAAAAGGACCGGGCCGGCAAGUUCGGGUGUACCCAGUGCUCCUAUCGCUGCCAGUCGCCGGCGAUCCUGAAGAUCCACGAGCGCGUCCACUCCGGGGAGAAGCCGUUCUCGUGCACGUUUUGCGAUUACAAGUCCGGCCAGAAGAACAACGUCGCCAAGCACAUCCUCGUGCACAUGAAGGAGAAGCCUUUCCGGUGUCAGUACUGCAACUACAGGUGCGCCCAGAAGAACAACCUGGUUGUCCACGAGCGCACGCACACCGGCUUCAAACCGUUCGCCUGCUCGUACUGCGCCUACCGGACCGUCCAGAAGCCGAACCUGGUCAAGCACAUGUACCUGCACACGAACCAGAAGCCAUUCAGCUGCGACCAGUGCAACUACCGGUGCGUCCAGAAGACGAACCUGACGAAGCACAAGCUGCGGCAUCUGAACGAGAAGAGCGGCGAGAAGCUGGACGUCAGGAACGUGAAGCCGUAUCGGCCGCGGCAGAAGAGCGUCAAGUGCCACAUGUGCGCGUACCGAUGCGUGCAGAAGUCGAGUAUGGAGAAGCACAUGAAGUUCGAGCACGGCGCGAGCUUCGAGCAGGAGGGCGGAUCGAAUGACGCCAUACAGAACCUGAGCGUGAAGAAGGAUGAUUACUAUGCCGACAAGAGCAUGGAGGCGUUGCCGGCCCCCGCGGUGCCCUCAUAGCGCCCCCCGAACGAACAAUUAAACUAUAAGAUUUAUUUUUCUCUAGUGAUUAAAAAAAAUGUGGCGAAAUAAAGAAUAUUAACGAAUCAACCGUCUCUAUCUGUUAGUUUUUCGGUUAGCGUUCGUAAAGCAAAAUGUCUACAGUUUCCCAAAGUUUGGUUUGUCAUUUUCGUCGCGGUGACUUGAUGUCUCGUGUCGCAUGCCUAGCGGCUUCCUCAAGAGCCAGUUGCACCUUGGAAACGGUCUGCCUUUGACCAUAGUUUAGCGUGGUGGAACGACGUCGACGCGAGCAAAGGUGAGGUGGUGAGGCGACUUUGAAUAAUCGACACUUAAAGUAAGAGCAAAGUAAUCAAAUGUGAAUUAUUUUGUAUGAACAUAACAAUCUAGAAAAUAAAACGAAUGUAAAAAAUUUGUUCGCGGUCAAAGGUUUUGUCUCUAAUACGUUCACGGGGAGCUGUGUGCUUAGUGUGAGUUUUUUAACGUUCUCGAUAGUGUAAAAGUUAACUCAUUUUUAUAUGCAUUGUUAUAACAGCGCCCCUAGCGGCAAAACUGGAAAAACGUUCCAACUCUAUACAAUUUGAGUUAUCUUUUACGCUAUCGUUAUAUAUAUAUAUUUAAAUUUAUUUUCUAUAUUUUUAUUGGAUUUACUAUUGAAAGCGUAUUUUGUUAGUUUUUUAAACUAUUAUUUAUUUUUCAAUUUUUUGUUGAAUUUCAAUAUUUUUUUUAAAUAUUGAAUUGUUAUCGAUCCUUAACAAAUAUACUAAAUUUCGAGUUAAUCCCGACGUUUUGAAGGGGGUCAAAAUCAUGUUCAAAGAUUUCGUUACAAACAUACAUACGUCUGAAGCUAAUAAAAGCGUAUUAAAAACUCUCAUUAAGCACACUGCUCAUAUUUUCAUACGACUUAAUUCGGAUACAAACGAUGCUUUAUGUACGUAUUGAAUCCAGCCACGGUUUUUGUGGUCUGCGUGUACUCGUUCUUAAGUCGUAUGUGUGUUCCGAUGGUAGCAACACGGGCAAAUCUAAGCUGGGGACUGAAUGAAAUUGAAACAACAAAUAAAAUCUCUCCUGUGAAAGUUUACUUGGCCAACUGCGGUGGGCAGGCGCGUUUCUCUCGUCGCGUAAAGAUCAUAUCGAGGGGUGAAAGAUUAUUUGGUUAAAGCAACAUUUCGCAACUUUACAAGAAAGCCAUCUAAAGUUUAAAUUUUGGUAACAAUAUCAUAAGAAAAAAAAACUUCAGAUUAUUUGAAUGAGGUAAACUUAAAGUUCAAUUAAAAACAUCGAACAUGUUGAUGCUGAUAUCAAAUAAGGCAGGUACCACCAUCCCGCCUAUUCUGCCGUGAAGAAAUAAUGCGUUUCGGUUUGAAGGGCGGGGCAGCCGUUAUAACUGUACUGAGACCUUAGACCUUAUAUCUCAAGGUGGUUCGCGUAUUUACGUUGUAGAUGUCGAUGGGCUCCAGUAAUCACUUAACACCAGGUCGGCUGUGAGGUCGUCCACCAAUCUAAGCAAUAAAUAAAAAAAACCGCACCUUUAAUUAGAAAAAUAAAUGUCGCUUAAACCAAAUAACCUCUAACCCCUAGCUAAGUAUGUAUAUUAAUUUCAAUAAUCACGGCUCAAGUCGAUAUUAUUUGUGAAACGUAAUUUUGAAACGAUUCCGUGAUUAAUAUUACUUUAUGUAUUUUAUUUUUUUCUAAUGAGAUCCGAAUUUUGCUCGUUAAAAUAAUAAUGCAAUAGUAUUUGCAUCGAUACGAUUAAAUUGAUUUCUAAAUUUAAAUAAAAGCUAAGUAAAUAAAUGUCUAAUGAAUAUCAACACUUUCCCGCCUUAAUAUUAGUUUUAAUUAAGAACAUUCUCAAUAACAAAAAGGAAAUUGAAAAAAAAAGAACCAAUUUCCAAAUGUCACAAUUUUGAGAUUUUUUGCAAAACAAAAACUAAGGCGUCGACAUUAUUAUUUUAACAUGUCACCGGUGAAUGUUGUGAUACUUAUAAAUAAGUUAAUUGAGUCGUCUAUUAUCAAAGGUGGCAAUCUGUGCAUUUGGACAAAAAAAAUUUAUUGAUAUGUCAAUACAGAUUUAUUUGAAUAUAAUCGUCUCCUUCAAAGAAUACGGUUCAAAACCUGCAUUAAAUAAAGGUUAAUAGUUAACCUGUUAUUUAUCUAAGAUGUCGUUCCGAAGAGUUUUGUGACUGCCAAUGGAAUACAAAGUCAAUAAUUCGUUUUUCUGAUUUACCAAUCAUUGUCCAAAAGUCAGAUUGCCGCCUUUGAUAAUAGUCGACUCAAUUGUAAGUAAAUAAAUAAAAUAAGCUCUCAUUUGUUCCUCUAAAAAAACGAAAAAAAUAUUUUAGCAAUAUGGCGCUUGUACAACUAAAAAAAAAACAGAAUACUCGUAGGCACUCAAAAGUUUCGUAAAGUGAAUCCCGAACUUCGUCGUACUUUUAAAAUUAUACAUCUCAAAUACAAAGUUUAAGAUAAAAAUAGAACAAUUCCAUAAAAUAUUUGCAACAAUAAUUAUACACUGACAAAAAAAAAUUCUUUUUUUUCGCGCCAUGUUUAAAACCGAAUGACAAGCCAGAAUACAGUGUCCGAUGCAUUAAUAAAACUUCAACUAGGUACUAUUUUUGCGUAUAAUUUAAAUAAAUAUACGAUGAAAUUCAACAUAAGCAAAUUAAAAUUUAUAGUUAUGUGCACUAGCAUUAAAUAUUAAUAUAGCAACCGGACUCACUUUUGCAUUUUUAGACUUAAAAUGUCUCUUUCGUCACCGGAGAAGCUUUGCUUAACCUCUACGUGAAAUCGAGAGCGGCAUAUAUGAAAUGAUGAACAAUUUGAAUCAUCCCAUGUUACAAUCAAUAAAAAUAAAACAUAUUUUAAAUAAAGCAUCAGUUAAUUAUCCCCAUAAAUUACGCAUUGAAUCUUAAAGAAAAACCAAAUUUACUAAUAAAAUUCACAUGAAAAAACUGUUCACUUUCCCGCCAAAAACGUUAAAGUGAAAUCGUCUAAACACUAAAUAUUGUACAAGCUGCCAUGUUAUAUUUUUAUGAAUUUGAAAUAGAAUUAAGGGCUGUGACUGUUUUGUGCGUUACCAACAAUUGUGUACUUCGUGUAAUCUAAUAAAUUCAUCACAAUUUUUCAAGUGUAUGUAUUUAAUUUGGGAUUUUUUUAGCCUGAUGAUUUUUCUAAAUCUUUUUAUUUUUUACUGUCGAUUAAAUGCUUACCAAAGUG